UGUUAAAUACUUGUCUUCUCAUUCUAAACUACAGGGAGACCCCUCAUUUGUGGUGAUGACUAACUACAUCCUAACUGAAGGACAAAAGAGGGGAAGUUGUCCUGAGCACCCAGGGAAGAGCAACUGUAGCUCAGACGCCGACUGCGAAAAAGGGAGUUUCAAACGUACGGGACACGGUCGUAUGACUGGCGUGUGUGAUCCCAUCAUAAAGACAUGUAGAGUUCUGGCUUGGUGCCCUAUUGAGAAUGACCACAACAUACCAGACCCUGCCCUUUUGUUGGUUGCGGAGAACUUCACAGUGUUCAUCAAAAACACUGUAACAUUCCCCUUUUUUGGCGUGACAAGGAGUAACCUUGUGGAUGAUGGGCGGAAUGCAAAACUCAGCAAAUGUGUCUACCACAAAACGCACGCUCCACUGUGUCCCAUAUUCAGACUGGGAGACUUAAUCGAGCAAUCCGGUUUUAAUUUCGAGCUCAUUGCCAAAAUUGGAGGGGCCAUUGGUGUUGUAAUUGAGUGGUCGUGCAACUUUGAUUUCGAUGUCAAGUACUGCAUACCUGUAUACAGCUUCCAUGGACUAUAUGGAAACCCUGAAGAAAAAGACAGACACAAAGAAUCAGUUGGCUACAACUUUAGGCAUGCAAUACAUUAUAUGGUGGACAAUGUACAAACAAGAACGCUCAAGAAAGUUUUUGGUAUCAGGAUCGAUAUCAUUGUGGAAGCACUGGGCAGAAAAUUUGAUGUCAUCCCAACAGUGACAGCAAUUGGCUCCGGCGUGGGCAUCUUUGGAGUGGUUACUAUUGUCUGUGACUUGGUGCUGUUGAAUUUGCUACCCAAAAGAAAAUUUUAUAAGGACAUGAAAUUCAAAUCCGUACCACCCGUAAAUGGGCAACAGGUAAGCCGCGUAUGCCGUUAACUGGAACGUUCUCAUGCUGAACUUGUUAGUUUGACCGCAAGAUGGCAGCAAA